AUGUCGGGAAACACAACACCUGGGCUUCACGUUGCCAGUAGUGGUGAACGUCAGCGUUCUUUUAUCAACAAAAAAUUUCUUGAAAAAGAACCAGUUCCACAACGGUACGGUUCGCUGGAAAGAACUCCUAAAAAGAAGGUAAAAUGUCUGCCUUUGAGAAUGCUCAGAGGUAAACGACACCAUGAAAGAGAGUCAAGAAGACGUCUUCGAGGAGAACCAGUGCCAUUUCUGGAGAGAUGGAUCAUGACAAUACUAUGUGACCACGAUUUAUCAGAGGAGAAAACCAUGAAUCAGGUCUUCGCUCCGAUUCCCACUAACUGUGCUCUUUAUGCAGUGACAGAAGCAAUCUCGAAAAAGAAACGCGAUCUUCUGCGUGAAGACUAUCAGUUCAACACAAAUUGGGAGCGAGAACUACGGAAGUCUCUCACAUCUCACUCCACGCUGCCUCCAUCGGCAAUGUUUGCAUUCGUGAAAAUCGUGGUCGACGACGACGAGAAAACGGUCGUAUCAAAAGGAUUCAUGACAAAAAUGAAGGAACUAACACAAAACGAUACUGUCUUAGCAUGCAAUCCGCAACGGACCAAACAGCUCCUUCGAGCUCUCACAGGAGGGGCUGUCGAUGGUCCACGGUCAUCACACGGCUUCUCAUCUGUCUACGCUACAGCAGGUCUAAAGGCACGAUGGUGUGGGAAGGCCACUCCUGCAAGUCCUUUUGCAUUUGCUUCGACUUACUCGAUAAAGCGAAAACACCCGUGUAUUCAGCUGGAAACAGAAGCAAAAGUGAUUCACAUGUACGAGUGCGAGGUGUGGGAGAUUCCUACUAUGGCCACAGAAACUGUUUUCAAUCUUGUAUUGAUUCGCCCUACAUUUAUCGGGGAACUGUUGAGAUUAAAACGGCGGCUGACUGGAGAGGACCUAACGGAUAUUCUCAACGGACUAGCUAGGGCAAAGAGCAACGUCUACAAACUACUUAUUCCCAUUCUUUCUAUUGUUAGCCAGGAGAAUUUGCUGUCAGUUUGGCUGCAAAAUAGUGUUCAUAGUUCAAGAGAAAAUUCUGUUAUUCCACCUAUUAAUGCAAUCUGGAGCGUGGCCAAACUUUCGAUCGGACUCGAUGGGAUCGGAGUUAAGGACUUAAAACUAGGGGUUCUGCCGCUAUUACCAACAUCAUUUCGGAAAUAUCGGAGAGAAGAUGCGUUGGUACUGCAUCAUACACCUGUCGCUGCUUCGUUUGACUCAUCAUUUAUAUUUGUUAUAUCUCAAAACGGAAAAGCUCCUCUACUCGCUGGUUGUUACGCUGGGAACCCGAACCCGCCAAGAAGUGCAUUCUCUAUCGAGUGUCCCGCGGAAAUAAUGAAGAAGCCACCAAUUAAAGUUAUAAAGAAGCCAAAACCAAAAAUGACGAAGAGACAAAAGAGAGUCCAAAAGAUCCGCAGGAGCAGACUGGAGAGGAAACGAAGAAGUGAGAGAGGCGCGUCGAACUGCCUAUCACGAUUACAAUCAUCAAUGAUAUCUUACAAUGCAUCAAUCCACUUUAAUUUAUCGAACAAUUUUUAUUUGUAUUGA